GCGAGGGGGAAAGUUGCCGGGAGCGGCGAGGGGCGAGCGCGGCGGCAGGACCAUGGGCACUUUGCGGGAUUUACAGUACGCGCUGCAGGAGAAGAUCGAGGAGCUGCGGCAGCGGGAUGCGCUCAUCGACGAGCUGGAGCUGGAGUUGGACCAGAAGGACGAACUGAUCCAGAAGCUGCAGAACGAGCUGGACAAGUACCGCUCGGUGAUCCGGCCCGCCACGCAGCAGGCGCAGCAGCAGAGCGCUGGCACCUUGCAGGGCGAGCAGCGGACCAAGCGCCAGGCGAUCUCGGCCGAGCCCACCGCCUUCGACAUCCAGGAUCUGAGCCACGUCACCCUCCCUUUCUACCCCAAGAGCCCGCAGUCCAAGGAGCUGAUAAAGGAAGCAAUCCUUGACAAUGACUUCAUGAAGAAUCUGGAACUGUCCCAGAUCCAGGAGAUUGUGGAUUGUAUGUAUCCUGUGGAGUAUGGCAAAGACAGCUGCAUCAUCAAGGAGGGAGACGUGGGUUCCCUGGUGUACGUCAUGGAAGAUGGGAAGGUCGAGGUGACGAAGGAAGGAGUGAAGCUGUGCACCAUGGGGCCUGGCAAGGUUUUUGGGGAGCUGGCCAUCCUCUACAAUUGCACCCGGACCGCUACCGUCAAAACUCUGGUAAAUGUGAAACUCUGGGCUAUUGACCGGCAAUGUUUCCAAACGAUAAUGAUGAGGACCGGUCUCAUCAAGCACACUGAGUACAUGGAAUUUUUGAAAAGCGUUCCCACAUUCCAGAGCCUUCCCGAGGAGAUCCUCAGUAAGCUGGCAGAUGUCCUGGAAGAGACACACUAUGAAAGUGGAGAGUACAUCAUCAGACAGGGAGCUCGAGGGGACACCUUCUUCAUCAUCAGCAAAGGAAAGGUGAACGUCACUCGGGAGGACUCCCCCAGUGAAGAUCCCGUCUUCCUGCGCACCCUGGGCAAGGGAGAUUGGUUUGGAGAGAAAGCCCUUCAAGGGGAGGAUGUCAGGACAGCCAACGUCAUUGCGGCCGAAGCGGUGACGUGUCUGGUCAUCGACAGAGACUCCUUCAAGCAUCUCAUCGGUGGCCUGGAUGACGUCUCCAACAAAGCCUAUGAGGAUGCAGAAGCAAAAGCGAAAUACGAAGCCGAAGCUGCCUUCUUUGCCAACCUGAAACUGGCCGACUUCAACAUCAUCGACACCCUGGGAGUUGGAGGCUUUGGCCGAGUGGAGCUGGUGCAGCUGAAGAGCGAAGAGUCCAAGACGUUCGCCAUGAAGAUCCUGAAGAAGCGGCACAUCGUGGACACGCGGCAGCAGGAGCACAUCCGCUCCGAGAAGCAGAUCAUGCAGAGCGCCCACUCCGACUUCAUCGUCAGGCUCUACAGGACGUUCAAGGACAGCAAGUACCUGUACAUGCUGAUGGAAGCCUGUCUGGGGGGAGAGCUCUGGACAAUUCUCAGGGACAGGGGUUCAUUUGAGGAUUCCACGACCAGGUUUUACACGGCGUGUGUGGUGGAAGCUUUUGCCUAUUUGCAUUCCAAAGGGAUCAUUUACAGGGACCUCAAGCCAGAAAACCUCAUUCUGGAUCAUCGAGGUUAUGCCAAACUGGUCGAUUUUGGCUUUGCAAAGAAAAUAGGAUUUGGAAAGAAAACAUGGACUUUCUGUGGCACCCCGGAGUACGUGGCCCCCGAGAUCAUCCUGAACAAAGGUCAUGACAUUUCAGCAGACUACUGGUCACUGGGAAUCCUAAUGUAUGAGCUCCUGACUGGCAGUCCCCCUUUCUCAGGCCCAGACCCCAUGAAGACCUAUAACAUCAUAUUAAGGGGGAUAGACAUGAUUGAAUUUCCAAAGAAGAUUGCCAAAAAUGCUGCUAAUUUAAUUAAAAAACUAUGCAGGGACAAUCCAUCAGAAAGAUUAGGGAACUUGAAAAACGGCGUGAAAGAUAUCCAAAAGCACAAAUGGUUCGAAGGCUUUAACUGGGAAGGGUUACGGAAAGGGACGCUGACACCUCCUAUCAUACCAAGUGUCGCAUCUCCCACGGACACGAGCAACUUCGACAGCUUCCCGGAGGACAGCGACGAGCCGCCCCCUGACGACAACUCAGGAUGGGACAUAGAUUUUUAAUGUCUUUCUCUUACCUGCUUCUGCCUUGCUGAGGACAGCUUUCCUGGGACGUGGCUGCCAGCGAAACCGAGAGAACGCGACUGGGGAGGAUUCGUGCUCGGGGUCACCGUGAUGCCUUGAUCGAUGCUGCUACAGUAACUCCAGUGGCAUUAGGACUUCCUGCUUAGAUGACAGUAGUGCUCUUCAUGUUUUCUGUUCGAACACAGGCUGGGGGCUGGCAUGGUGGUCCUGACACAGAGCCUUUCACCGGUAGAGAAACUUGUUUUCUGCCACCGCCGAGGUCUUGCUGCGCUCUUAAUCACCGAGGUCAGGACACACGUUGUGUGAGACACGCCCGGUCGCAGCUGCGAGGUGCUGGCUUUACCAGUAGGAUCAGUAGUAAUUUAUUCAGUGCUGUAGCCAAAUACAGUGCAGGAUUUGGGCUAUUCCCACCCCCCCAGCUCCGUAGGGCUCCUCCCAGUGUCGGAGCGGGGCAGGCCACGGCGGGCCCGGCCAAAGAGUUCACGUCAAAGCAGUGGUGAAAUGUGUCCUUUUCCCUUCUGAGCAGAACCACGACAAGACUGAAUGUUACCUUUC